CAUCACAAGCUUGAUAAAGAGAGAUAACUUUCUAAGAGAAAACUCUUAAAACUUUACUCUUUCAUCAAUGGCUUACUCUAAGAUUGCUCUUCUCCUUGUUUUGAAUGUCAUCUUCUUCACUUUGGUUAGCUCUACGGCCCCUUGUUCACCACCACCGCCCAAAAGCCACAACAAGAAACCCGCACCGUCGUCUCCUUACACCAAACCCAGUUGCAAAGAUGCUCUUAAACUCAAGGUAUGCGCCAACGUGUUGAAUUUGGUUAAGAUUUCUCUACCAGAAAAGACCGAAUGUUGCGCCCUUAUCAAAGGUCUAGUUAAUCUCGAUGCUGGGGUCUGUCUCUGCACCGCUUUGAAGGCUAAUGUCCUUGGCAUUAAUCUUCGUGUUCCUAUUUCACUGAGUGUUCUCUUUAAUCAGUGUGGUACGAAGGUUCCAUCUGGUUUCCAAUGUGCUUAGAGAUAGCACGUUUUUGAAUCGAUGUUCUAAAUUAUCACUAAAAUACGAUUCUUGUUUCAAAAUUUCGCGUAAUUUCAAAAUUUCUUGUUUUAUUCUACUACCAUCUAUUGUUUUUCUUUUGAGAAAGAAACUAUUAUCUAUUGUUUGUAAUCCGUUACAUGUUUUAUUGAUGAAAUAAUAAAGGUGUUUUUGUUCAA